AUGUCCGCCGCUGCCCCCCGAACCGCUGAUCGCGACAAGCUCAAGCAUGUCGUAACCAUCAUGCUCAACAAUGACGAAACCAACUGGGAAACUCACGAAGUCAUGCUUGCCCUCACUCACUUUGGAGUCGAUACUUUCUCGGACCUCAUGAUGAUGGAGCGCAAAGACAUUGAGUCUCUUGUGGUUCCAGUCACUGGAACCGUUGCCGAACACCCUCUUGGAUUCAGUCAACGGCGACAACUCCUUGCUGCGAUUUGCUGCUUUCAUCACUUCUGUCGAGAGCAAACCAAAUCCAUCAACGUCACGUCAAUCAGUUUCGCUAACUUCCAACAAUUCCGCAUCGGACGAUGGGAUCCAUCAGCAGAAGUGGUCCCGUGGCUCACGACACGAGCUCCUGUAUCCGCCGAAGCAGAGAUUGAACACUGGAACAAGACGGUCAAGAUCUCUCGCAGCGACUACAAGGAGUUCCGAUACACGCCGGAGAACCCGUCGCUCGAUCGCAUCCAACGCGAAUGGAUGUACAAGACACUCUGUGACACGAUCAAGACUGCAGCUGGAAAAUCAUUCCUCACGCAACACCUCAAUGACAGCGAAACUCGUCUAUUCUGGGAAAAGAUGUCCAAUCACUACAAGACAUCAAUGACGGCGACCAUUCGUUCCUCCUCGACAUAUCUGACUACUGCCAAUUUAUCAGACGGAUCGUGGCGUGGAAGUCAACAGAACUUCAUUCUGAACUUCAAGGAACAAGGUCGAAUCUACAAUGGCACCUCUGUGCAUGACAAGUACUCCGAUGGGCAACUCGUACAGUUCCUUGAGCAAGCUGUCUCUGGCGUCCCAAACCUAUCCGGUGCACGACGCGUGGAUAUGCUUGCACGUGCCGCAGCCAAGAAUGUGGACACAUACACUUUUGAGGAUUACACUGCAAGCCUACUCUCACUUGCAGCUAUCUACGACGCAGCUCACUCUGGUACAUCACGAUCCAGAGGAAACUCACGACGAAGCUCAUAUAAUCAUGAGCUCAUCUUCGAACAAGACGAUGAGAACCACGGAUACGAAUCUCAUGUACACGACUUUGACACGACCAUCGAUGAACUACUCGAGCCAACGUCCAUGACGUCAUCGAGGAGUCACGGAUCUUUGAACCCGAUCAUGAAGCCAGCCCUACACAUUUCGUCUCACACCUUGGAUGAGAAGAAGAACAAAGUAUCUUCGGACACGGAUCUUUUGCAUCUUGCUACACAUGUUGUCCAAGACUCAACUACGGUACCCGACCUUCUGUCAGGCAACAUUGCCAAUGUUCUAUCUCAACCUUCGUCUUGCAACGUUUCCUUUAGCAAUGAAGUACGAUACCAUGAACUUGAUGAAAUUGACUGA